UACCUUUACACUGUUCAGCAUCAAGCUAGCUAACGUCAAGCGUUCACAUCAAGCUAACGGCUUCAUCCCCGGCUGCCUCGGUCUGCUCGGGGUUCCCAUUAGCUGUCAGUUAGAAAGAAAAUGGCUCUACUAACGCCGUUAUUUGCGUUCCUGUACCACCUGCCGCAGGUGUACAAGUGGCUGCUGAAGCCCUACUACAUAGCUUCUCUCUUCAUGUCUAUAGCCUUUCUAGCUGUCCGCAAGACGCCUGGCAUCUGCGACAAUCUGUCCACACAGCGAGAGGACGGCAACUCCUGCGACUUUGACUGGAGAGAGGUGGAGAUCCUCAUGUUCCUCAGUGCCAUCGUCAUGAUGAAAAACAGACGAGCGAUAACUGUGGAGCAGCAUGUUGGCAACAUCAUCCUGUUCAGCAAAGUGGCCAACGUCAUCCUGUUCUUCAGACUGGACAUCAGGAUGGGACUGCUCUACCUGACCCUCUGCAUAGUGUUCUUGAUGACCUGCAAGCCUCCUCUUUACAUGGGACCAGAGUACAUCAAAUACUUCAGUGACAAAACCAUUGAUGAUGAGCUGGAAAGAGACAGUCGUGUGACAUGGAUCGUUGAAUUCUUUGCCAACUGGUCUCCGGAGUGCCAGUCCUUCGCGUCGGUCUAUGCUGAUCUCUCUCUCAAGUACAACUGUUCUGGCCUCAAGUUUGGCAAAGUGGACAUCGGACGUUAUGGAGAGGUUUCCAAGAAGUACAAGGUGUCUGCGUCUCCGCUGUCCAAACAGCUUCCCUCCUUGGUGUUGUUUCAGGGAGGGAAGGAGGUGAUGCGGCGCCCCCAGGUGGAUAAGAAGGGUAGAGCUGUGUCCUGGAGCUUCACUGAGGAGAACAUCAUCCGAGAGUUCAACCUGAACGAGCUCUACCAGAAAUCCAAGAAGCUCAACAAGACUAAAGGAGAGAAGGUCGGCCAAUCCCAGUUCCCACCGGUCCCUGAGGAGGACGAGCCGGAGCAACAAGGAGAGGAGGCCCAGGCGGAGGACUCCGAAACCAAGAAGGACAAAUAAAGAUGGCUGGUAUCACUUGGCUGGGACUUCUGGAUGAAACUUGUGGCUCUUCUUCCCCUCUCCUCGUCAGUGUUCAGUUUGUUCACCCGAGAAUCAAAACAGGACUGAAAGAACAACAGAGAGCGUUUUAUUCUUAAAGUUGCCACAGUACCGCACCAUUUAACACCGAAGCUCCUGUAAACCCAGUCUGUUGUCCCUUUAUUAAAGAAUAAAAAGAACACUUUAGAGCAGGAGCAAACCGGGACACAGUCAACCAGCUUUAGGGGUUGUGAUGUUAAACCCUGGUCCAGUAUAUCAGUGUAAGGCCUGGGAAUGUUUCUGAUGGUCGAAGUCUGAGUGACUGCUAAUGUAGAGUCAGUUAACUAACCAACAGUAAGGGAGCAGUGAAUGUGAUGCUACUUUGUUGUUGUUUCUGAUCUAGAUAAUUUAAUUUAAUUUAAUCCAGAGUAGAUUUUUUAAUGAUUAACUGUAUAUUCAUGUAAACUAAGUUAUAACCCGCUGGUUCUGCCGUAGGCUGACCUCACAUAGAAGUCAUUGGCAGUGUUAAACAGUACAUUCAGGUUUCUGCUGGUUUUGGUUGAAAUUGAAGUGAGAGAUACAAUACGGGAGUGCUUGUUUAACUCAACAAAUCUGCAUGAGCCGGGCGGUGUUAGACAAGUUCACUAAUAGUCAGAGAGCAUCCCUGUUCAUCCCUGUGGACUUUAUUGUGAGCUCUGCUGUCAUCCAACCUUCCCUCACACAGCAUUCAUCAGUUUCAUUAGAUUUGUUUCAGAUUCCAGCUCUCCUUUGUCUGUUUUUUAUUCAGUGUAUUUUUCUCUCAAACAGAGAGGAACCUGACUGUCUCAAAGGUUUCCACCAUACCAGAAUGUUAAACUUCCAUACAAUACUCGUAUAAAAAAACCAUACUUGAAACCUCUUUUGAUACCGGUGCACAAAAUAGGAUCCAUUGUUCCAUCUGUGUGGCCUUGGGUUAAAAAACGGAUUGAUGUGCUUUUCCAUAGCUGCGGUACUUUGGAUCCUAUCCAGUGAUAAUGUUGUAAGGUUUUAAACACAUGGAAUGGAUCCAGGAAGCUUCACACCGGCUUUGUGCUCUUUACUCCCUAACUGGUGAUUAGCAUGAUGGUGAACUGAGAGCAUGUUUGCAGCUUCAGGCUGAAGUCUGUUCCUAAUGAGACGUCACAUUCCACUUUUGUUUUUAUUUAUUUAUGUUUUGUAUUUUUGGAAUAAAUUGCCUUUAAUUGUUGAUUAUGAGAGAGGAUGUGUUGAAAGGCACUGAGCUGCUUCUUCUGGUCUUCAAGUCUUUCAGGCAUUUGACUGCAUUUUCCACAUUAUUUCCAGUUUUUUCUCAUUGAUAACAUUCCUAAUCAGGAUUUUGAGCUCUUUUCCCUGUUGUAGUAAACUGCUAAAUAUAUUCACAUGAACUGUUUAGAUUUUUUUGAAGACACUGUUAAUUCUUUAAUCAUUGUUUUAUUACUAAAACUGUUUUUGUUAUGCACUGUACACUUGUUUUUGAUUUGACCUUUUGUCAUGUUGCAUUUCAUUUGAGCUGCAUUCCGAUGCUUGUAUGUAUAUUUGCUGUACAUGGAUGGAGAAUUCUGCUUAAAACACCUCAGAGGAGCCUGUUUUUGUUAUUCAUGCAAUAAAACAACGUGCACAUGAA